AGUUCCGCCGCGGCGCUCGUGAAUAAUAGGUCAUAUAUUUCUGCCGAAUAUUUGCCAAAUAUAAUAAAAACUGAAAUUGUCAUGAUGAAAAAGCACUUUGAGAAGGAUUAACCAACCAAUCGGUAAAUUACGAUCGGAAAAAAUCAGUUCGAAUACGAUUAGUUCUUUUGUGUUAGUUAUGUAUUAUUCAAACUUCCUGAGAAGUUGAGUAAGCUCGAUUCACGUGACGAACUUUCGAUAUCAGUGGUGGAUACAAAAUGGAUUGGGAUUUUUGACGUUUUCUAAUCCCAAGAAAGCCGCCACCAUGUUAGGGGCAGCAUCCGCAUCCACGUUCAGCUAAUAUGAUUUUAUUGGUUACUGCAUUACUGCUAUUCAGUACCGGUUUAGCAGGUUCGAUGCCCGGAGGACCCGGCGUUCCCGAGAAUAUAACUGUGACUUUUCUCAAUCCCACGUCCGUUCGCGUUUCGUGGGCAACUUCCGUUGAAAACGCGGAUAAAUAUGACGUUACGUAUAAACCGACGGGUGCCAGAGUGGUGGCGGUGGUGGCCGGAAAUUCGGACGCUGUGACCUUGAGCGGCCUCAAGGCCGACACUCAGUAUCAGGUGACCGUCGCUGCAGUUUGGGGCGGCAAGAAAUACAGGAGUAGGCCAAUUGUCUUCCGAACACUGGAGCCACCGCGGACCUCGCCGCAGCAAGAUCAGAUGGCAGCUGCUUUUUCCACGGCUGAACCUACGGUCACGACGUCCACCGGCAAGGAUAAUAAGUCUGGACAGUCACCCGCUGAUUUGGUCGAAUAUCCACAGGCCAGUUCAACGGUUAGAGGUGUAGAAAUAGGUAUAGUUCUUUUAGUAUUAUUCGUAUGGAUAGCGGCCAUAGCGUUAUUUUUCAAUCGUUGGGGUAAAAUUCGAAUGCUGUUACCCUACCAACCCGAUUAUAAACAAGAACAGCUGAAAGUACCAGGUACUGCGGCUUGCGCAGCAGCUACCGCGUCCGGAGCUACUUGUACGCACAAUUCGGGGGACCACAUCUGUCAACAGAUACAUGCACAACCGCCGCGAACAGCUCGACCACGCAUGAACAGCGCCAUCUUUGUGUCAAACAGCGGACCCGGCAUAGAUCCCAAGGAGUUCUUCCGUCUACACGGCUCCGUUUCUAGACUAUGUAGAAAAGCGAGAAGUGUGGAUAACAUCUCCUUGGAGGAGAAGCAUUUUGGACUUCCCCAGCUUUCCAUAUCCGGGCCUUCGCCACCCGAAGACGAAGAAAAAGAACUAGAUAGAGACAUAUCAGAGACAGAAACGUUAAUGAAGCAGAGAGAGUGAUAUGUAGCGUUAUGCACAUGGUUGUUCUGAUGAGUGGAUCUUGCCGAGAUUUGCCAAAAAUAUAUUUUCUUAAAAAAGUUUAUAUGUCAAAAGAUAUUUACAAAGAAUGAAUGAGAUUUUUAUUGAACUACAGCCUUCCUUAAACUACAAAACAUUCUGUAUAUAUCGUAUUAACAACGAAUUCAUUGAAUAUACUUAAUUCUAAAUAGUUAAUUUACGUAAAACUUUUUAAAUAUUGAUUUCACUCCGUAUUAUUUAUAAUGAUUAACUCUAUCAUAUCAACAAGAAAAAUUUUUUCUCAUUACUAGCUUUUUAUAAUCACUUUUAUCGAUGUAGGAAACGCUUUUCUUAUUAACCAAGGUAGAAAAAUACAGAGUGUACUUGAGCAAAGCUAGAUCCCAAUCCAUUUGACCCAAUUCAUUCAGUACUUCGAAACUCUCGACUGGUAUUCAGGAAAAAAAUUUAAUAUGUUUUUCUUAUUACACAAUAUAUUCUUUUUCAUACAACACAUGUGAUUAUUUCGGCCUUCAGCCUCUGCUCUAAAUUUAGCAGCAGUUCCACUGGAAUAAUUUCAAUUGAGCAAUCUCCACCACCAGCAAAAGAUUAUAUACUGGUGAUAAUGUUUAAUAUUGAGCAGAAGCAUGUUAUAUGAGUCAGGAUAGAAAAAUUUAUCAAUAUAUUGUAUCCAUUGAAGACCCCAAGGCUUCUUGGUUCAAAAUUUUCACAUUCUUGGUAACUUCUACAAAAAGUGAAAGAUUAGAACUUGAAAAAGUACUUAGACUUGCCUGAGGCCCAUUGUCUUACCCUUUCAUACCCAACAAUACUUUUAUUUGAAGGGCGUUAGCCCAACUAAUGUAGAAGCUGAACUAGAUUCUACUCUGAUUGAGACUGCUCCUUCAAUAUUAACAGUAAAAUAUUGGGUAGCAGAAGACAAAGACCAUCAUCGCAGUGGUCGACCAAAUGAGGUGAUGACGACUCCAGGAAUGUUGGAAAUAUCGUCAUCAUCAUCGACUAAAAAAUUACGGUAUAUAAUGUUCACACGAGGAAGCUAUGCGCAAGAUGGGUGCCGCGAACAAAAACAGCGUCGUGAAGAUGAUUCCAUCGAGCGUUUUGCAAUGUUUCAUAACCAUGGAUGAAACGUGGAUACAUCACUUCACACUCGAAACGAAAUAACAAUCAAAACAAUGGACUGAAAUGGGAGAAUCGGCUCCGAAGAAGACAAAGACCGUUCCGUCUGCAGGCAAGGUCAUCACGUCGGUUUUUUAGAAAGCGCGUGGAUAAUUUUCAUUGAUUAUCUUGAAAAAAAAAUCAACGGCGAGAAUUAUGUGAAUUUAUUGCAAUUUAGAGAAUAAAUCAAGCAAAAACGGCCGCAUUUGACUAAGAAAAAGUGUUAUUUCGUCAAGACAUUGCUCCAGCUGAAAUAUCCGUUAUUACAAUGGCCAAAAGUAAUGAAUUAAAGUUUGUACUGCUACUUCAUUCACCCUAGUCACCAGAUUUUACUCCCUCGGAUGAUUUUCUGGAGCUUGACGAUGCCAAGAGUAUCGAACUUAUUGAACAUCGCUGGGAAAGUAGAUUACGUUGAAAAACAUAUUUUUUUCUAUCCUCGUAUAAUGUACAGUAGUGAUCACUACAUUUAUUUUUAUUUGUUUGUUUUUUCUUAAUUAAUCCUUGGCUAAAUCGCUCUGCAUAUGGUGCAAUCACUUCUGCUCGAUCAUAUAUCCUGAUCUUUAACUCUGAUUUCUUUGUCAGAAGGUUCUAUUGGUAAUUCCAUCGGCACUAGUAACUAAGUCUACGGCAUCCUCUGUCUUCGUUUUACUUUUAGUAAGCCCAUUUGCUUUAGAGUUCCUUUUUACUUCAUAAAGUCCAGGUACCCAACUGUGACUUACUUCAAUGCCACGAAUCCAGGAAAGUUUUUCAAGACAGCUCAUCAUCAAUUUUGCUUUCGUCGUUUUUAAUAUUUGAUAUUGUUUUUAAAGCCAUCUAUGUAGUUUGUUGUAUUUCUGCUUGAAUCACUACUUUCCCAUAACAGUUUAGCACCCCUCUCUAUAUUUUAGAUAUUUAAAAACCCAUCGACUCCUGAGUAAUCAGUGAAGAUUGAGAUUACUUUCCUUAAAGUCCGUUUUUGUGGUCUGUGUUCUGAGCUACUAGAUGCUCAUAUUGACUCAUUUCCUGCAGGAUAAUUGUAUAUCCUAUCUGUUAGUUACACUAAGAAAAAUUCUACUAGUGAAUAUUCAUUUGAAUUUAAAGUAUUUUGAACAUUUUUUUUUAAAGAAUGAAAUGAAAAUAAAAUUUUAAAGAAAUUUCGUUAACAUGUCUCGUAAAAAAUUAUUUGGAGACCAGAGUUUGUGGAGGAUAGUGUAAAUCAGAUAGUCACCUCUUCAUCAUAUCACAGAUUCCAUAUUUUUGAAUGCUAUAUAGUAAAACUCGGCAAAAUCGACUUCAAAAACAGCAUUAGAUCAUACAGUUCAUGAAUUUUCAUCCUUUCUACACUUUUGGGGCCAUUAAAAACGACCAAUGCAAUAUAGAAUUCUACAUAGAAAAUCGCGUUGAUGUUAUCUUUCUAGAUGUUUUUUUCGAUCAAAGAAACAAUUCGUGUAAAUGUAUGAUCUAAUAACCCAGCACGUACAAUUCAAAAUCCAAAUUUCUUUCGUCUUCUGUGUAAAUAUUGAUUCAGUUACUAACUCUUAAAGCAAUAAAGUGAAAAACACUGAAAACGGUGCCAAUGAGUGCGAAACUAGUGUAUGAUUUACUUUGUAAUCCAAAUCUCAAGGAACAAAUUUUAAUCUCAAGUUGUUUCAGUUGAUAAUUAUGAAUCAAAUUAAUGUAAUUCUUUAUAGUAGGGGAGUUUUAUUACAAAGAAGAUUGAAUUAGUCAAAAAGUGACAUCAAACUUUUAAUAUUGAAAAUCGUCGUUUAAAUUUCAAUAAAAAAAUAGUAGAGUUUCAGAUAAAUCUUUGGUUGAUUCUCCAUCAUUUUUUUUUGGUUUUUUCAUUUCUACUAUCAUAUCAUGCAGUUCUAAAGAAGCAGUUAUAAACAAAAUCUCCUUUAGUAUAGUCGGAAGUGACUCGACUCGACUAAUUUAUAGUCGAGACAAUCUAAACACUAUUUUAAACAAUUGUUUCCAAAUAUCUACUGCUAGUACAGGCAAAUUAGGCGAUUUUGAGCUAAAACCUUUAAUUAAAUAGGGCGGAAUUUCUAGAUUCUGGGAGGUUUUGGGUAUACUAGCAACUUUUAAUAAGAUUGCGGGCAUGGAUUUUCGGAAUUUUGGGACUCGAAACUAUGAGGAAUUCUAAAAAAACUGCCAUAACAAAAAAUGUAGAGUAUAAAAUUUUCUACAAAAAGUAUCCUAGGUAUUUGUUCCUAACCUCAAAAUUUUCACCUCAAAAUGGAUUUAUACAUUCAAAAAUAUUUUGAAUCGCGAAUAACUGGAAAGCUACGAGGAAUUCGAAAAAAAUUGCUAGAACAAAAAAUGUACAGCAUAAAAUUCUCUAUAGAUUGAUUUAUAGGCAUUUUUCCUAACCCCAAAGUUUUCACCGUAAAAUUAACUCAAAAACAUUUUGAAUUGGGGAUAACUCGAAAAUUAUGAUGAUUUCGACACAAACUGCCGGGUCAAUAAAAGUAGAACACAACAUUCUGCACAAAAAAAAGGUUUCAAUUUUUUCCUAACCUCAAAAUUUCCAUAAUAAAAUGAGCUUAAAUGCAGAAAAAAUUUUUAAAUCGCGAAGAACUCGAAAACUGCUGGGGCAGUUUUUUCGAAUUACUCUUAGCUUUCGAGUUAUUCGCAUUUGAAAAUUUUGCAAACCCAUACCCGUAAUUUUGUUGGUAUAUUCGGUAACCGAAAACCUUUGAGAAUUUAUAUCAUUAGAAGCGCCCAAUUUAAUUCAGGGUUUAAUCCUAUUUCACCUGUACUACGCCGUUUAUCACUAGCUUAAAAAGCGUGAGGUGAUUUGCUUAAGUAUAAUCCCUACUUUCUAGGUAACAUAAAGUGUAUUUUCACCCACAAAAAACUGCCAUAAACCGCAUAUACUGAAGAUAUUUCACAAUUACAUGUAAUGUUUUAUUAGAACUUAUCGUCCAUGUACAUAAAGCUGUUUAUUCUUCAAGCAUUUCCUGUUAAUACGACGCUUCACCCUUAUUCAUAGUUUUUCUUGUUCUCAUAUUGUUUUUGAGCAAAAAUACAUUUGAUAACAGGCGACUUAGAAAUAUCGAACAAAGGAUGCUGUCUGCUCAACGUGGUAGCACUGGACUAGACGCAAUCUUCUUCCAGGGCUGGCAAUUAAUACAAACAGCACUAUAAAUGACAUUAGGCAAGACACAUUGGAUAAAUCUCAGACUGGAUGCAAAAGAUCUUCAAAACUCAGAAAAUCGCAACCGAUACUGAAUUAAUUUUGGAUCGUUUUACUGCUUCCAGGAAGAAGCUUGUUGUGUUUCUGCUUGUAUCUUUUAGAUAUAACAAGGAGCUUCAAGAAUAUCCGGAAUAUCAAAUAAGAAAGCCAGACAAUUUUCUGAACAUGAAGAAAAAACUAAAGCACUAUCUAGAAUUCAUGAUUAUGAUCGUUAUUAUAAUCGUCGCAAAAAAAAUAAAAAAAUUUGACCACAUGACUCAGAACAAAUGAAAUAACAUCUUUCUCUGGAAAAGAAAAUGUUUAUUCUAGACAUUCUUCAACAAAAUUGGUAGACAGAGUAUUCGUGAUGUUUGAUACAAUUUAAGGUCAAUUGGCGUCUACUUUUGUCAGAUAUCAUCGAUUGAAAAUCUAUUGAAGUCGAUUUCCACUUGAUUGCUGACUUCUAAUGUCUAUCGGCGUCGAUUGAUGUCGAUUCACUUUAAUUCAUACCAUUUAAGGUCAAUUGGCGUCUACUUUUGUCAUAUAUUGUCGAUUGAAAAUUCAUUGAAGCUGUUUAAAGUCGAUUUCUAGUUAACUGCUGAAUUCUAAUGUCUAUUGGCGUCGAUUGAUGUCGAUUAACUUCAAUUCAUGUCAUUUGAGGUCAAUUGGCGUCUACUUUUGUCAGAGAUUGUCGAUUAAAAAUCCAUUGAAGCCGAUUGAAGUCGAUUUUGACUUGAGUACUGACUUCUAACGUCUAUUGGAGUCUAUUGAUGUCGAUUCACUUCAAUUCAUGCCAUUUAAUGUCAAUCGGCGUCUACUUUUGUCAUAUAUUGUCGAUUGAAAAUUCAUUGAAGCUGUUUAAAGUCGAUUUCUAGUUAACUGCUGAAUUCUAAUGUCUAUUGGCGUCGAUUGAUGUCGAUUAACUUCAAUUCAUGUCAUUUAAGGUCAAUUGGCGUCUACUUUUGUCAGAGAUUGUCGAUUAAAAAUCCAUUGAAGCCGAUUGAAGUCGAUUUUGACUUGAGUACUGACUUCUAACGUCUAUUGGAGUCUAUUGAUGUCGAUUCACUUCAAUUCAUGCCAUUUAAUGUCAAUCGGCGUCUACUUUUGUCAGAUAUUCUCGAUUGAAAAUUCAUUGAAGCUGUUUAAAGUCGAUUUCUAGUUAACUGCUGAAUUCUAAUGUCUAUUGGCGUCGAUUAAUGUCGAUUAACUUCAAUUCAUGUCAUUUAAGGUCAAUUGGCGUCUACUUUUGUCAGAGAUUGUCGAUUAAAAAUCCAUUGAAGCCGAUUGAAGUCGAUUUUGACUUGAGUACUGACUUCUAACGUCUAUUGGAGUCUAUUGAUGUCGAUUCACUUCAAUUCAUGCCAUUUAAUGUCAAUCGGCGUCUACUUUUGUCAGAUAUUCUCGAUUGAAAAUUCAUUGAAGCUGUUUAAAGUCGAUUUCUAGUUAACUGCUGAAUUCUAAUGUCUAUUGGCGUCGAUUAAUGUCGAUUAACUUCAAUUCAUGUCAUUUAAGGUCAAUUGGCGUCUACUUUUGUCAGAGAUUGUCGAUUAAAAAUCCAUUGAAGCCGAUUGAAGUCGAUUUUGACUUGAGUACUGACUUCUAACGUCUAUUGGAGUCUAUUGAUGUCGAUUCACUUCAAUUCAUGCCAUUUAAUGUCAAUCGGCGUCUACUUUUGUCAGAUAUUCUCGAUUGAAAAUUCAUUGAAGCUGUUUAAAGUCGAUUUCUAGUUAACUGCUGAAUUCUAAUGUCUAUUGGCGUCGAUUAAUGUCGAUUAACUUCAAUUCAUGUCAUUUAAGGUCAAUUGGCGUCUACUUUUGUCAGAGAUUGUCGAUUAAAAAUCCAUUGAAGCCGAUUGAAGUCGAUUUUGACUUGAGUACUGACUUCUAACGUCUAUUGGAGUCUAUUGAUGUCGAUUCACUUCAAUUCAUGCCAUUUAAGGUCAAUCGGCGUCUACUUUUGUCAGAUAUUCUCGAUUGAAAAUUCAUUGAAGUUGUUUAAAGUCGAUUUCUAGUUAACUGCUGAAUUCUAAUGUCUAUUGGCGUCGAUUGAUGUCGAUUAACUUCAAAUCAUGUCAUUUAAGGUCAAUUGGCGUCUACUUUUGUCAGAGAUUGUCGAUUAAAAAUCCAUUGAAGCCGAUUGAAGUCGAUUUUGACUUGAGUUCUGACUUCUAGCGUCUAUUGGAGUCUAUUGAUGUCGAUUCACUUCAAUUCAUGCCAUUUAAGGUCAAUCGGCGUCUACUUUUGUCAGAUAUUGUCGACUGAAAAUCCAUUGAAGCUGAUUAAAGUCGAUUUCUAGUUAACUGCUGAAUUCUAAUGUCUAUUGGCGUCGAUUGAUGUCGAUUAACUUCAAUUCAUGUCAUUUAAGGUCAAUUGGCGUCUACUUUUGUCAGAGAUUGUCGAUUAAAAAUCCAUUGAAGCUGAUUGAAGUCGAUUUUGACUUGAGUACUGACUUCUAACGUCUAUUGGAGUCUAUUGAUGUCGAUUCACUUCAAUUCAUGCCAUUUAAUGUCAAUCGGCGUCUACUUUUAUCAGAUAUUCUCGAUUGAAAAUUCAUUGAAGCUGUUUAAAGUCGAUUUCUAGUUAACUGCUGAAUUCUAAUGUCUAUUGGCGUCGAUUGAUGUCGAUUAACUUCAAUUCAUGUCAUUUAAGGUCAAUUGGCGUCUACUUUUGUCAGAGAUUGUCGAUUAAAAAUCCAUUGAAGCCGAUUGAAGUCGAUUUUGACUUGAGUACUGACUUCUAACGUCUAUUGGAGUCUAUUGAUGUCGAUUCAAUUCAAUUCAUGCCAUUUAAGGUCAAUCGGCGUCUACUUUUGUCAUAUAUUGUCGAAUGAAAAUUCAUUGAAGCUGUUUAAAGUCGAUUUCUAGUUAACUGCUGAAUUCUAAUGUCUAUUGACGUCGAUUGAUGUCGAUUAACUUCAAUUCAUGUCAUUUAAGGUCAAUUGGCGUCUACUUUUGUCAGAGAUUGUCGAUUAAAAAUCCAUUGAAGCCGAUUGAAGUCGAUUUUGACUUGAUUACUGACUUCUAACGUCUAUUGGAGUCUAUUGAUGUCGAUUCACUUCAAUUCAUGCCAUUUAAGGUCAAUCGGCGUCUACUUUUGUCAGAUAUUGUCGACUGAAAAUCCAUUGAAGCUGAUUAAAGUCGAUUUCCACUCGAUUACUGACUUCUAACGUCUAUUGAAGUCGAUUGAUAUCGAUUCACUUCAAUUUAUGUCAUUUAAGGUCAAUUGCUUCUACUUUUGUCAGAUAUUUUCGAUUGAAAAUCCAUUGAAGCCAAUUGAAGUCGAUUUCCACUUGAUUACUGACUUCUAAUGUCUAUUGGCGUCGAUUGAUGUCGAUUCACUUCAAUUCAUUCAUUCAUUCAAUAAAAUUAAGUUAUUUGGAUAAAAAAGGCGGCGUAUCAAACGGAUCCUGGGGCGACAAAAAGCCUUUUGCUAGAUGCAAAUUCAGUUUUUUAUUCAUUAUUUUUCCAAAAUUUUUCAUAAUGUAACUUUAAAAACAACAAAGAAUAUAUGUUGUCAAAAAGUUGUAUAAAAUUUUGCACAUUCUUUUAUCCCCGACCUGAAUUAACGUAAUUUCAUACAUAAACCGCUAUGAAUAUGAUGAAAACAGUUUGAAAUUUUGGAAAAUGAGUUAAUGAUGCAAUAUUUGAAACUACAUAACAAGGUGUUGAAAUUGCAAAAACCAAAAUGGCUCUAAUCAUCCUGUUUCUCGUUGAUUUUGAAAUCCUCACGCUCCAAUAACUCAUGUUCAUUGUUUAUAAACUAUUCAAUCCAACUGAUUCUCAUUACUCCUCAACAAAUUCCAGUUUACCAGCUAAAACUCCCCUACUAUUAUCCAAUCAACAAAAAAAUUGAAAGAGGCCGCAAAAACGUUACAAAUAUCAUUUUAUAGUGAAUUAAUUAUAACCAGAGGUACAGUGACUUUUUGGAUGUAAUACAGGUUUUCAGCCUUGGUUGGAUUCAUAGUUUUUUGUACAAAAAUAACGAUCGAUUAGAAUACAAAAAUUGUUCACAAAUAUCGAGGUAGUUUGUAUGCAAUAGCUAUCAACUGAAUGACGUAACUUGUUCAAAUGUUCACACAAGUCAAUUAGGCAGUCGAAGAAAACCGCUAAUCUACAUCAAAAUGGCGGCCGUGGGGUAAACAAUCGAUUUUUCCCGAUAUUGAGAGUUAUUUUAUUUUAUAGAAUCCAUAGAUAUUUUUUAAAUCGAUUUCAGUAGAAUUAAUGCAGUUGGAACUCAAUAUUUUUGCAUUUUAUUAAUUACUCUGCAAGUAAGCUUUCAAGCAAUUUACAAAAUUUAGAGUACACAGUUUUUUUUUUGGAAAUUAAUGUCCGCUGUUGCGUUCAAAUUUAUGACUCAGAGGCAGUGAAAUAUACAAGAAGGAACUUGAAGCUUCAGGUGGAGUUUUCUCAUUUUUUAUUGAAUAAAAAAGCUUUAGUGGCAAUCCUGCUCAUUUUCCACAAGUUUCCAAUAAAAGUGAUUUUCAUACUAUAUUUACCGUUCAACUACACUAACCACAACAUUGCAUAGUCAAGAUAAACCAACUUAACAACGUUUUCUGGAAUGAAUUUUACCCUUUUGCAUUAAAACUGAGAUUAAUAAGAUUAAUAGGAUCGAACCCAACAAAUAAAUAACUUUACAAAUAACACAAAAACUUGUUUAUCCCACGGCGGCCAUUUUUAAACGAAUUUGACAGUUCCUUAGAUUGCCAAAGUUAAAAGACAGCAACAGAGCAGGAAAAGUUACGUAAAUCUUGAGUGAUACACAAUAAUAAGAUGUCAAAUGUCAACUGUAAUUUCAUAAGUGACAUGUUUGAAAUGUACAAGGUGAUAUAAGAAAAAAGUCGUGAAGAAAUUGCGAGAUAUCAUAUCUAAAACGUAAUGUGUAAAAUUUAAUUCAAUGAUUUGAAUGUUGUAUUAUCCGUAAUAAUGACUGAUCACCCUUAUUGUAGUUAUCUAUUCUAUUAUAUAAAGGGUGCAUUCACCCUUUAUCUUAUUGAAUUUCCAAUUUUUUUUCUCAAGAUUUGGUUAUGUAAAAUAAAGUUAAUACUCAAAUUACCAAAUAUUUUAUAACAAAUUGCUCAAAAUAUCAUAUUUUAAUUUUUGAAAAAUCGCUGAAACUAAAUAUUAUCUGUAAAAUGAAACACAUGUUUUCCAUUUUACUUUUAUAUUGGCCAAAAUAAGAAGAUAGGUGAAAAAAACUGAAAUAAGUGCAAAAAAAUCGAUGACACUUUUUUGGUGUCAACAAGUUUGACUGGUAGGCAGGUCCAAUGGCGAGUUCAUAAUAUCCUUGGUAUGAUUAAAAACACGUCAGAGAAAUUGGAUAAAAUCCUUACACAAUUAAAAAUUAACCCUGCGUAUUGCCACAUGAUAAUUGGAAAUUAAUAUAUCAACUGGUUGCUUUUUUGAGAAGGUUCGUGGAUUGUUUCCUAAAUGGAAUGUAAAGAAACCUGACCACUGAAGAACUAAAAGAUAAGCUUAAGAAAAUGAUCAAGAAAUUGAAAUUACAUACAUUUACGUUCAUUUUACAGUAAGAAUUUGAAGCAUUCUAUAUUAUUUCUCUGAAAUACUUUGCAUAUGAAUCUAAAGGACCGUCUUCAAUGCCUAAAUACAUUUAUCAGGGAAUAUAUUCAACCGAUUCAAAAUCUGUUCGUGUCGAAGCAUUGUCAAUUAGGACUAAGAACGAAGCGAGCCGAAUGGAACCGCAUACGUGCGAGACAGGCCUAACAUUCUAAGAUAAGAUAAGAUAAGAUCGAAUGUACGGGCCGGGUCGAUUCCAUGCACUUAUUAUUUCCUAUAACCAAGUCAAAUACCUAAUUAAACUGCAGUUAAUUUUCUGGUUAAACAUUUUCACAAAAAUUUUGACUAAAUGUUAUUCGAUUUAUAAAUAUUCGAAACAUGUUUGUCACUUUAUAUUUCUUAGUAUUUCAAGUGUUCGGUUUAUCUAAACCAAUCACUGAUUACAUUAUACUUCAAAACUGUCUAUAA